AUGCAUCGAUUAUUCCAACGGCAUAUACCGAGAUAUGGGCUUAUUCUAAAGAAACCGAAAACACGCUGGCAUCCACUAACAACCUCAUCGAAAGGACACAUCCCUUUGACGACAAGCCUAUCAGAACCAACUCUCGACAGAAAACCAAACAAUGAUCAUCGUAUAAUUCUAAACAAGUUGAAGCCGAUACAGCCUAGUGAUCUAUAUGUCUCAUGCACAGUUUUUGACUCAAAAGGUAAUAUCACUUCCGUAUCAAAAAAGUACCCCAAAAUGCAGUUUUUGAAGGAGAACCACUUGUUCCCACGAGACCUUCGAAAGAUUGACACUUCGUCGAUUGAUGUUGUACCUACUAUCAUGAUACGUCCAUCGAACGCCAUCCUAGUCAACUUGCUAUACAUAAAAGCUAUUAUUAAAAAAAAUUCAGUUAUGGUGUUUGACACUUCAAAUAGUGAAGUGGCGACGAAAUUAGGGAUAUUGAUGUAUGAUUUAGAAAUGAAGUUGAAAUCGUCGUCAAAUUCAUCAUCUAUGCCUUAUGAGUUUAGGGCAUUGGAGCUGAUAUUGGUUAGUGUAAUGAGUUAUUUGGAAGCGGAAAUUAAAACCUACAUUUCAAGUUGUGGUAUGAUAUUGAGCGAAUUAGAGAAUCAAGUAGAUCGAAAGAAAUUACAAGAGCUACUUAUACGACUGAAACAGUUGUCUAGUUUCCAUCAAAAGGCUUUGUUGAUUAGAGAUGUGUUGGAGGAAUUAUUGGAAAAUGACGAAGAUUUGGCAGGAAUGUAUUUGAGUAAACCAAAAGUGCCAGGGAAUGGAGAAGAGGAAAGCUAUGAAGAUUUGGAAAUGAUUUUGGAAAGUUAUUAUAGACAGUGCGAUGAAUGUGUCCAGCAAGCUGGUAGUUUGUUGAACGACAUUCGCGCAACCGAGGAGAUCGUGAACAUCAUCCUUGAUGCUAAUAGAAAUUCCCUUAUGCUAUUUGAGUUGAAGGUCACCGUUUACACAUUAGGUAUAACUGUCGCAACUUUGAUUCCGGCAUUUUAUGGAAUGAACUUGAAAAACUACAUUGAAGAUUCGAAUUUGGGAUUUGCUGCAGUCGUUGUGUUUUCUCUUAUACAAGGAGGGAUAAUAACCUGGUUUAACUUUAAAAAAUUGCACAAGGUUCAAAGAUUGACAAUGAUGGGAACAAAUGAAAGCUCAAUGAAUGUGUCGUCAACAUAUUCUUCAGCAAUCAGAAAAAAUGGACUGUUUUUGCGUCGAUUAAUAUUCGGUUCUGGAACGUAUAAGAGAAAGAACUUCGAUAGACCCACGAAGCGAGAGAAGGAUGUUAUUUGGCGUAUGAUUAAUGAUGAUGGGCCAAGAUAUUAG